ACCAUGCCGUACAACUGCUGCCUGUCCAACCUGAGCUGCCGCACCAGCUGUGCCUCCCGGCCUUGCAUUCCUCCCAGCUGCCACGGCUGCACCCUGCCCGGUGCCUGCAACAUCCCCGCCAAUGUGGGCAACUGCAACUGGUUCUGCGAGGGCUCCUUCAACGGCAGUGAGAAGGAGACCAUGCAGUUCUUGAACGACCGCCUGGCCAGCUACCUGGAGAAGGUGCGUCAGCUGGAGCGAGAGAAUGCAGAGCUGGAGAGCCGCAUCCAGGAGAGGAACCAGCAGCAGGACCCACUGGUGUGUCCCGCCUACCAGUCCUACUUCCGGACCAUCGAGGAGCUCCAGCAGAAGAUCCUGUGCAGCAAGUCUGAGAAUGCCAGGCUGGUAGUCCAGAUCGACAAUGCCAAGCUGGCCUCAGAUGACUUCAGAACAAAGUAUGAGACAGAGCUGUCCCUGAGGCAGCUGGUGGAGUCCGACAUCAACGGCCUGCGCAGGAUCCUGGAUGAGCUGACCCUGUGCAAGUCUGACCUGGAGGCCCAGGUGGAGUCCCUGAAGGAGGAGCUGCUCUCCCUCAAGCAGAACCAUGAGCAGGAAGUCAACACCCUGCGCUGCCAGCUGGGAGACCGCCUCAAUGUGGAGGUGGACGCCGCUCCCACCGUGGACCUCAACAGGGUGCUGAACGAGACCAGGUGUCAGUACGAGGCCCUGGUGGAGACCAACCGCAGGGAGGUGGAGGAAUGGUUCACCACACAGGCCCGCUACAGCUCCCAGCUGUCCCAGGUGCAGUGUCUGAUCACCAACGUGGAGUCGCAGCUGUCUGAGAUCAGGUCUGACCUGGAGCGCCAGAACCAGGAGUACCAGGUGCUGCUGGAUGUCAGGGCCCGGCUAGAGUGUGAGAUCAACACGUACCGGGGCCUGCUGGAGAGUGAGGACUGCAAGCUUCCUUGUAACCCCUGUGCCACCAGCAAUGCCUGUGACAAGCCCAUCGGGCCCUGUGUUGCCAAUCCCUGCCUGACCCGGGCUCGCUGUGGGCCCUGCAACACUUUUGGGCGCUAG